AUGGUGGAUGAUGCAUCACUCUUGAAAGUUUGGGAAGUGAAGUUGAGCAAAGAAGCCAAACAGAGGCUGCAGCAGCUCUUUGAAGAAGGCCAGUUUGCCAUCUGCUGGGGCUUUAUUCCUCCUGUGAUUUACCUGGGAUUUACAAGGGGUACAGCUACUGGAAUGCCUGAACUGUCAGUUUUAAUUCUACUUUGUGGAUAA